GGUUGUUCGGCCACCCCCCCCCCAAAAAAUGUAUUCGCAUGGUUCCGAGAGUUUGAUUAAACAAGCGAGAGAGAUCCAAGAGGUCGAGCUGCAGAAGUUCUACAGCAGGAUAAUGAAGCUGCUGCAGGAGAGGGAGUUCGGACAUGACAUCAUUGACUCACUACAGAGGCUGCACCUCAUCCUGUCUGCCACCAAGUACACCAGGAUGCUACCUUCAGAGCUCUAUAGGAAGCUGAUGUCCCUCCUCUUGUCCUCCUCUCUGGAGCACCUCCAGGUGUUGAUCUCAGCGGUGCUCAAGGAGACACUGCCCCCGUCUGGGCAGGAACUCCUCUGUAGUCAAGAUACCAGCAUCCUACUAAAUAGCCACUCUGCUGCCCUACUACUCUCACAGAUAGGUUCCAGAGAUGAGCUCUCAUCUGUGUGCACUCAGCUGCUGCGCUUCCUGGAAUGCCGCUCAUCUGAAGCGCCAGCGCAUUCCCUCACACACAUUCUGCCAAUCAUCAACACCUUCCUCACACACUGCCCAGAGACCCUUACUGAAGAUCACGUAACUAUCCUGAAUAAGAAGCUUGUUGAUUGGCUGCGUUAUGCCAGCAUUCAGCAAGGAGGCGGGGCAUCCUCAGGAGGAUUCUUCACAGGCCCAAGGUCACGUCAGCCUGGGCCCAUAGCGGAGUUGGAUGGGACAGUAUCGGGGGAUUUCUUCACAGUGCUGUGUGUGGGCCAAGGUUUCACUGAGGAUCAAUGGAUGAACGUCUACUCUUUCUCCAUGCUGCGGCAUUGGCUGCUCAUACACCAUUCUGUUUCCAGUGGCAAUACUGUGGCAGACACUGCAAACAGGCUACAGCUCAGUCUGUCCCUCUCCCUCUCCCACUCCAAUGAUGACCGGUCAGAGGUGGACGGCUCAGUGGUUUCCAUGGUUUCAGCUACUUCCUCUUCCAGUCGAAUUCUUCCACCCAAGGAGCGUCUGAGAGAGAAGGCCUUCCAGUACUGCCAGCGUCUCAUUGAACAGAGUGACCGCAAGGCACACAAGAGAACAGAUACAGAACUUCAGAAAGCGUGCCUGGUGGAGGCGAUGUGUAUCCUGGAUUGUGUGUGUACGGAAGACGUCUCGUUGGUUUACCGAGCUUUCCCAUGUGUGAAGGCUCUCUAUGGGCGACUAAGCUCUGACAUGUCCUUUGCCAGGGUUCUACUACCAAUUGCACAAUUCUACCUCAAUCAUGGUGAGAUGGCAGCAGUGGACUGUGAGUGUGUCUGGAAGCUGGUGUUUGGACGUUUCCCUGCUGAGUUGUUCAGUGACCCCCGCCUGGCCCACGAGCUUCUGCGCUUUCUUCGGCUGAACCUCAGGAACCUGCAGCUCCGAGUGCCUCAGUUCACCCACUUCUUCCCCAACCUCCUCAAGUUCUUAGCCUGGGACAGCCCAGCAGUGGUGGAUGACUUUAUAGAUCUGCUGCCAUCUCUGGUGACAGUUGGUACUGCGGUGGAGCUGCUCCACACGCUACUGGACCUGCCUUGCCUCUGUGCUACGCUGAUCCUGCAGCUCAGGUCAGCGUAUUUCCCCAUUACUGAGGCAAGUGGGCGAGGUACAUUGCCGUUGGAGGCGUUCCAGAGCUCAACCUACAGGGGGCUUUUCCUCUUCCUGCUUAGAGGGGAAGCAGGCACAGGUGACACUAUCGAACGACUGAGCACACUCCAUGAGCUUCUGGCAGAGGCUGCUGAGUGGCCAAGAGUCGUACAGUGUGCCCAGACCGUCCCCGUUCUGUUGCACAUCUAUUUCAACUCUUUGGUCAAGAUAGCUGAUGAGAAGAUGUUGACCCAAUUGAUCUUGGUGCUGUUGGAGAGAAGCAGUCUCCUGCUCAACAUUCCUAAAUACAUCAAGGAAAUACACAGAGUGUUCAGCUGCCACCUACUGAGGUUGUGUAAGCUCCACCCGUCUUUGGUGGUGGACCAAUCCCAUGAGCUGCUGGAGUUCGCUGGGACCACAGCCAAUGUCUACAGUAAAGAAAACGUCUUCACGCAAGUGGUGUGGGUGCUAGGGGAAUACCUCUCUGUGUCAUGUGACUCUCGCUGCUCUGUGGGCCUUAUAACCUCCUGUUUUGAGGCAUUGGAAGCAGUGCUAUUUGAGAUUACGUCGUCUUCGCGGUCCCCCGGAGAUGCACAACCAGCGCCCAGGGUCAUCACCUCUCUAAUGAGUGCCCUCGCUAAGCUGGCUUCCCGAUCACAUGACCUCAUACCCAGGGUGUCUCUGUUCUUGUCCAAGUUACGGGCUGUGACCAGAGGCGGCUCAGUCCCCUGGUGCUCCAAUGAGGAGGAUCUUGCAGCCAUAGCAACACGGGGGGAGGAGCUGUGGUCAUUGCUGAAGGUUCCGAGUGUGGCUCAAAGCGUGCUGUGCCCGCCUCCGCAUAUCACCACCCCGCAAUGGCACCAGGACUCCAACAUGGCCAUGCCGCUGCAGCUGCGAGCCCUCACCAGCCUCACACACUGAGACGUACCCUCACACACAUCCCACCACCCACCUUCUCUUUUCAUCAAUCAACACACUCACACAUCAUCUUCACUCACUGGCACUGAUAAAUGGAUCUGUACAGCGCAAUAGGAAAUUACAUGUGUAAUAGACGAAAACCAAUACUGUGGAUUCUGAUGACUUAUACCUGAUUUUUUUUUUUUGCACUGUACUUUUGUAAAUAA